ACACACACAGUUAUAGAAGACGGAUUAUCGCCGGGUGUGUAAUAGUCCGAUCUGUUUUAGAGGAUUGAUCCAAAUUAUAUCAUAUUGUACUGAAACAUAUUGUUGGAUAUUUAACUUCUGAAAAGUCUUCACCAGACCUUAAAGGCCUUGGAUCUGUGUCCCCGAAGGAGUGAUCGGUACCUUCCUGAAGGAGUAUGGUACCCCGUGAAGGAGUUUAGAAUUUUGUUUGAUCACCUUUGAUUGUCAAGCACUCUUCUCACCAUUUUAUAGAUUAAAGGUGCCGUUAAACACUGACAUUAUAUUGAUUUAUGGAUUUACAGGAAAUUUACUGACACAACGUUUUGUGUUAGAAAGGUUGUCACAUUUUAUUCUGCUACAUGUUGACACGAAGGGCAGACGGAUAGAAAGUGUUACCUGUUCAUCGGUAGGACAUGCACAUUGAUGGUAACAUGGACAUUACAUCCUUUAUCAACUGUUUUUAUGUCCGCGCCUCGUAAGAACUCCGAUAAAAAGGUUCCAAAUGUGUUAUUAUAGUGAUAGUGAAGUGUUGUGCCGGUAGUCAUACUGUAAGUUCAUUUGUCAUUGUAAGUGACAAUGGCAUUGUGACAAAAUCAAUUCUACGCUGUAAAAUAUAAAAAGGAAAGCGAGCAGGGGUUUAAUGUAGACAGUGUUUUUGGCUAUGGAUCACUUAGAUUUAAAUUCUGUGUGACUGGGUCCAUGAACGCUUGGUGAUCAUGUCGGAGGGUACCAAUAAGGAAUUAUCACCUGAUAUGGAGGUUCAGAGUCUUCAACCAGACAAGGACUGGGACACACAAGAGGAUGGCUCAAGGUCUUUACGGCAGAGCAAGGGAGAUAACCCUUUACGGGAGUCUGCAUCAUCGCUAUCUGAGGAAGAGAGGGAGAUGUUUGAGGCAGAAGGUCAGUUGAACCUGAAUAUGAGCGAGCUAGAACAGCCCCAGGAGCUGACAGAAGAGGACUACCUAUGCAAUAUCUGGCAGACCCUGGGGGUGGGGCAGCGAGGGUACAUAACUCUGUCUGACCUGGCAGCGGUGUGUGAUCACAUCGGCAUGGAUGAAAUGAAUGAUGAUGAACUACAGCAGCUAUUUGACAAACUGGACUCCGACGCAGAUGGAAAAGUAAGCUUUAACGAAUUUCUGCAUGGUCUGCAGCACAGUGCACCAGCCUGUCCCCCCACCCCCCGGUCACUUGGUACACCUACCCCCAGGACACACUCAGCGCAGAAGAAAAUCAAAGUGAUGGCGUCGGCAACUGCGGAGGAGAGACUGACACCAUCGAUUGUGUUGGGGACGGGUGUAUCUGGUAUCUUUACUACACUGGAUCCAACCAACACGGGAUUUGCCAUGCCAGACAAUAUCAUCGACCUGUGGGAAAAAUACAACGUCACAAACGGAGCAGACAUUCUUCUGGCACUAGGGUUUGACCUCAACACCAAGGUCAGUCUGUCAGAGCUGUCCUCUUACCUGGAGCAGGAACUCAUCAACUCUGACGACCAGAACGCUGUCUACCAGGCGGCACUUUCCUCAUACCAACAGGAAAUCAGACAUCUCAAGUCAACCCUGGAACAGUUUAAUUGGGAAACAGAAAAGUUAAAACAAGACUUGACCGAGGCCAACCUUAGAAACACCAAGUUAGCCAAGGAGGUUGACGAACGCCACACCCACAUGGAACAGAGUACAGAGAGAAAGCUCCUGACGGUAGAGAAGAAAUACCAGGAACAGGUGAAAAUGUUACAGAAUGAGUUGGAACAGGAGAGGGAGCAGUACAGCGCACAGGCCGCCACACAGAAAACCGUCCUGGAGGGAGAGAUGGAGCAGCUCCGACACGAGGACAGGAAGCUCAGGGAGAGCUUAGCUCAGGCUCAGAAGGAGAUUGAGAGAUUAGAGAGAGAUCUGAUUGAAUCAGUAGAAAAACGCACAGAUAUUCAAAAACAUAAUUCCCGCCUACAAAAGGAGCUACAAUCAGUAAACGACCUUCAGAGAAAGCUUGAUGAGUUUGAGUCCAUUGGGGUUCUCUCUCCAGACGAAAAGAAAGUGGCAGAGGAAAAAAUUGCGAGGGUCAAAAAUGAGAAUAAGGAUUUAAAAGACCGCAAUGACGAGCUUACUGCAGAGUUAGAGACAAUAAAACAGCAAUUUCCUGCCAUGAAGAAGAAGGAAGGUGGUGUUGGUCGGUCACCACGAGGGUUUGGGUCCCGUAUCCCUGUUAGGGAGGGGUCAUUAGUCUCAGACUACAUCAGGGCAGGCCGCAGGGGAGUCAGGUCGUCAAUGUCCUCAGAAACAUCCGAUGAUGAAACACAAUCGUCUGGGUCUACAGGCCUCACUCCUAACUACACUAAACGAACCCGUCGGAAACUUCCACAGGCUCCUGAUGAUGAGGAUGCUGGAAACUGGAUCAAACAUUGGGAAACACGUGUCAGUAGUAUACAAAAUGACAGAGAACUAAUAGAAAACCUUAAAAAGGAGCUUAUUGACCUUAAAAACCACAUGGAAAGGGAGCAUAAGGAGAUUGAGAAUACCUACAAAGAGGAACUCUCUAAGGUGGAGGAGAACCAUGGCAACCAGAAAGUUAUGUUAUUAAAAAAAUUUGAAGAAGAAAAGGGGAAUAUCUAUGAGGAAUGUGAGCAUAUCAAGCAAACAGAAUUAGCAACUCGACAACAGGAUCUUCAGACUCGCUUCGCAAAGGAAAAACAAGACAUCAUGGACAAACAUGAAUCUGAGAAAAAAUCACUAAAUCAGAAAUUUGUAGAAGAAAAGGAUGCCAUUAUUAAGAGCCUAAAAUCAGAGUACACUAAGGACCUGGAGACACAGAUAGCAGCCGUGCGGGAGGACUACGCCCGAGACAAGGCCCAAUUGGAGGCCUACAUCUCACAACCUGAUGAGUCCCAGCUACAGCAGCUGGAACAAGAGAAAGCCGAGCUCGAGGAGAAGCUCUUUGAACACCAGGAGGAGAUGGAGCAUCGUCUCGAGGAGGCGAGAACCAAGCUCAGGGCAGAAUUAGAAGAUUCCCGGGAGGAGGAAAUAUUGAAACUCAAGACUAAAUUUGAAAGUGAUUGUAAAAGUAUUCGGACAGAGAUGGGUAUGAAUUCCCAAAAUGAUUUUCAUAAGUUACAACUUCAAUUUGAGGAGGAGAAAUCUAAGUUAAGGACAGAUUUUGAAUCUGCAAGAGAUGAAGACAAGAGUGAGUUUGAUAUGCAAAUUUUGCAGCAGAGAGAGGAGCUGGAGUCAAGGUUUAAUAAACAGAGGGAAAAGUUGGAGGGGAAAUAUGAGGAACAGCUUCAGAGGCUGAAUGAGGAAUUACAAGCCAAGAUACAGGAAUAUGAAAACAGUCUCUCAGAGGGUGUCGAUGCUCUGAAAGGAAAGACAAAGGAGGACUUCUUUAACAUUCUGUCCAGCGAGAAGGAUUUGAUGGCGGUAAGACAGAAGGAAGAAGUGUCCCGAGGGAUAGAGAAUGAGAAAGUGGAGCUGGAGGGGCAAUAUACUGGACGCAUUCAGGAGCUGGAGAAAGCAUUUGCCGAGGAGAAGGAGGACCUCCGAGACAAGUAUGAGGGUCAGAUUGUGAGUCUCCGGAGCCAGCUGGACCGGCUCAGUGUGCGACUGGAGGAGGAAAGAGAAGCCAUGGAGGAGCGGUUUGAGGAGGAGAGGGAAACCCUUGAGCAGGAGCUGGCACGGACAAUUAAGGAGGAACUAGAGAGACACAAAGUGAGACAGAAUACAAGAUUUGAGGAUGAGUUUACCCAGCAAAUUGAGCAUCUCAAAAUGUCCUUUGAGAGUGAGAAGGCAGAACUUCAACGCCAGAUUGAUAUGUACCGGGAGGAGACUGAAGAACUUCAGAAAGAUCUGGAAAUGAAGGAGACAUCUGCUGGAAAAGAAGAGGAACUCCAUCUCACCAUUUCCACAUUACGACGGGAAAAACAGAUGGCAGAGAAGGCUCACAAGGAGACCCAGCAGGCUCUGGAGGAGAGUAAAUCUAGUCUGGAGUCACGGGUAGAGAGUCUUCUGACUGAGAGAGAGGAGGUCAUCACAGCAGCCAAGGCCACUGAAGUCCACCAAGCCAAGGAAUCGGUAGACAAGUUACAGCACUCUGUGGUUGUCAAGGAGAAGGUUGCCUUAGAAAAGGAGAUGUCUAAACUGAGACGAAAAGCCCUGGAGCUAGAGGUGGACAACCAGAGACUCAGUGCUCUACAGGAGACUGCAUUCCAUGACUGGGACCAAGAAAAGAUCGAGUAUGUGCAGAGAAUUCAGAAGCUGGAGGAACAGCUAAAGGAUAACAACUCUUCAGAAUCAAUAUCACCUCAUGCUCAGAGCGUGAUUGACAGUCUACGAAAGGAACGUGAUGACCUUGACAGUACACUGGCCUCGGCCAAAACUAAAUUACAGCAUGUUGAUGACACGGUCAAAAAAUUGACUGAACAGCAGAUGGCCUAUAACUCAGCAAAUACAACUAUCAGCUCGGAGAACAAGAAUCUGCAGGUCAAGGUCGAUGUGCUUAGCAACCACCUAGGGGAGACAUCUAGCAGUCUGGAUCGGGAAAAGGAAAAGAUGAUGGCACUUCAGUUAGAGAAAGAGCGACUGGAAAAUGAAUUAGCAAAGGUCUCCAGUCAUUUGGAAGACAUGAAUCAUAAACUUGCUGAUCACAAAGCUGACCAUGAAUCGGAGAUCAAUAAAUUGAAGGACAUGAACAGUAACUCGAUCGACCUUGAAAAGUUUACAAGGUUACAGGGAGAUUUGGUGGAGCACCAACAGCAACUGCGUGACCUCCACGAUGUCCUGGAGGCCAAGGAGAGUGAGAAGACCAAGGCUUUCAAAGAUAAAGAGGAGGAGUUCAAGAAAAUCAUGGAUGCUUUGGAGGAGGAGAAAACAAACUUGAGACGGAAACUGCGACUCACCCAAGAAAUGUUGGAUGAACAGUUAGAGAAAAUAAAAUCUCAUUACUCGGACUGUGACAAGCGAAAUAUGCUGGUGGUGGACUUAUACAAGGAGAAUGCAGAUAUGAUGGAGACACUUUUUAUGAUGGAGGAGAGGAAAAAGGAUGCGGUGUCACGUUGCUAUAAACUUGAAGACCAAUGUAAAGCACUCAGGAAGAUGCUUAAGAAAGUUGUCCAUGUAACAAUGACCUGAAAGGGGAGACCACUCCAGAAGAUCUGAAAGAAAACCGAUCCUUAAGCAGCUCAUGAUGUUGUGGCAAGCCUCGCCUUGCAUUUAUUUGCAUGGGUCUUAGGUAGAAGGUCAUGUAUCCUGGAGUGUACAAGGGUCAGCUAUCGGGCCAAGUGCUGGCUGUCUGUAGGAGAGAAAGGAUGGAAGUGGCUGUCCUAUGCCAAUAUCAAGAUCCUAUAGACUUCCCAUCAGGAUUACAAGGAUGUUUUAAAUGGUUACUAAGCAACAAGACCAAUGUGUUUCUGUGUCAUGCCUAUAAAGGCUGGAACAGAAAAUUCUAAGCUUGGCAUGUCUGACAGCUACCUUUUAAAAAUAUAAUAAACACAAAUGGCAGCUAUUAUUUUAAUUGAUUGAUAUGUUUGGGAGCAAUAGACUUGUAUAAAGCAUGUUUGACCUAUAAGUAUCAUGAGCCUGUUUUCUGUUGUACACAGCAAUGUAUGUAUGAAAAGUGAAAAACACUGGUAGCUGUUUUGUGUAAGCUAUUGAAGCAUUUUUGGGAAAAAUUCUUCAUGAUUUUAAAUGAAUGACUGGCAAUUACUUGAUGAUCAUGGCAACUAGAUACAUGUAUAUAUUUAUUACAUUUUGUCUAAAGUGAUCUUGAGAGAGAGAACAUGUUUGAAAUGUAUUGUACCUCUCGCAAUUAUCUAAAAUGUAUAUAAAACCCAUCUCUGCCUGUAGACUACAUAUGUAUAUACAUGUACGUGUUUAAUAAAAUAUAUGAUUUAUUUAAAAGUAUACUCGCAUGCAUGCAAAGUACAUGUACAGUACACUUAGUACAAAGUACGAGUGUGAAUAGACAGAUUGACGGAUAUUUGAUAUGAAUCAUGCAUCAGACCUAUAUAUAUACAUAUAUAUACAUAUAUGUACGAUAGUGCAUCUGUUGCAAUGGUGAUCAAUAAGUACGUAUCAUAUAUACAUGUAUUCAGGGAUGUAUGAGUACACAACAGACUCCCUCACCAUGAGAGAGUUGUAUAUAUAUACAAUUUGUUCUAGCUAUACCAUGCUUUACCUAAUAAGUGCUCUGUCAUGAUAUUUAAUUUCGUUGUUCUAUGCAGCAUUUUUUUCAGGUCUCAACAUAAUUCAUUGUAUUUACCCAUUUACAUUACAUUACAUGAAUUAACUUUCAUGAUAGAGCAUAUAGACAUUUCAUUGAAAUCAUUUAAUUUUCCAAUAUGAUUUAAAGCACUGUGGUAUUUAUAAGGUUAAGUAUGGUAUGUACAUGUGCAGCUGUGAUGCAUGAUGCAUGUUGCAAUUGAUAUUUAUUAUAUUUAUAGAUUGAAAGCAAUAUCUGUGAUACAUGUAUGAAGAUGAACCGGGUCCAGUAAUUGAUGCAAAAUGUACAUCGUGAUAUAUAUCAUUUAUACAAAUAUUUGUCAAUAUGCCAACAGUAUGUAUUAUAAAGGCUUCAUAUGAAGUAUCAUAGAUAGAUGUUUGUUUGAAGAAAUAUUUUUGUAUUUACAUUAAAUGUUGUAUAAAUAUAGCUGAAGAACACUUAAAGGAUUGUCACACGGUCUCAAGCAUUGUGACUCAGAUAUUUAGUCAUCUUUAUAGCUUUUUCAUAAACAAAUUCAUAUGUCAAUGUCUUGUGAUAAAAUAUAUAUCAUAUAUUGAGAAAAUAUUGGGUACAGAUUUAAAGGCCAUAAAAUAUAUAUCAAGAGGCUGAGAAAAUAGUAGUAGGGAUUUAUAAAGACCAUACAAUUUAUAUCAAGAGGCUGAGAAAAUAGUGGUACAGAUUUAUAAAGACCAUACAAUUUAUAUCAAGAGGCUGAGAAAAUAUUGGUACAGAUUUAAAGGCCAUAAAAUAUAUAUCAAGAGGCUGAGAAAAUAUUGGUACAGAUUUAAAGGCCAAAUAAACCUAAUUAUUUUAUCUAGCAUUUCCACAAUCUUCAGUCAUAUAUGUAUUUGUCCAUAAUUGUGAAAUAAAUUCUUGGUUAAAACCUAUUCUGGUAGAUGUAGACAUUAUGGAUUAUUGUCAUGUAAUACCUGCAAUUGGGGUUUUGUUAAAUUGCCAAUAUUGUGAAUUAAUAUAUAAUGUUACUUUCAUGUAUGUCUUGAGCAUGCAGCUAUUGGUGCUGUUCUGGAAAAUGUAUUGUUAUCAUAUACCACUACAACAUGAGUCAGACCAGUAUAUACAUUGGAUCAAUAUUCCUUGUCUAGGGAUGUUUCUCUUAAGGAUAUCAUCUUAAAAUGAUGUGCAAGUCUUUGCAGACAAACAAAAUUGUGAAGACAAUGUUAUGCUUUCACAAUUGUUUAUUGGUAAAUUAAUAAAUAAAAUAUAUAAAUAAC